ACAAAAUGGAAUCAGCAGUUGAUAGAUUUGUGAAUGAACUCAAAUCCAAGGUUAGCUUCAAGUCAUCCUCUUUUCAGUCUGAGGAAGGCUUCUUAGUCAAACAAUUCAAGUUCUUUGACAUCUACAAUAGCGGAACUCUUGGCUAUGACAACUUUUACAGAACUAUUGAGAAGAUAGGAAUCAUUAAGGAUAAGGAAGAAGUUAGACAUUAUUUCUCUGAGUUAUCAGGAAUCACUGAGGCAGGAGAGAUCGACUAUAGGGCUUUUGCAAAAGCUAUCUACUCAUCACCAGCUGCCUAUCAGCCACCCAGGACCGCAGGCACCGCUUAUUCUCCCAGCAAAUCAGCAGUAUUGCAGGAAGAUGCAGAUCCCUCAAAGCAUAUUUUGAGAAGUGGGAUGAAUAGUCAGGAUUACCCACUUGCGACCACAACUCAUCACUAUAGGCCAUCAACUUCAGCAGCAAGAAAGAGUGUAAUGAGCCCUGAAUAUAUCAACAAGCAGUCGUUAGAAACUUUGAACAAGAUCUUCAAUGAUCCUAACUAUGAUGGGCCUCAGGAUUCUGAGACCGAAGUCCCUGCCCAGCCUGAUCCUCCUAUUGAAUAUAAUUAUGGAUAUGAGCCAGAGUAUUAUGGCAAGAACCAAUAUUCUCAUAAGAGUGCUCCAAAGAGCCAGAUUCUCUACAUCGAGAGAUUCAAAGAAGAACUCAACAAUAGAGGUGGAAGAGGACUUAUUGGUUUACUUAAGCAAUUUAAGCUUUUCGACACUGAUCAGAGCGGUUAUUUAGAUAAAUAUGAGUUUAAAUAAAGCAGUUGAAGAUUAUGAGAUAUACAUUCAUCCAAAGGACCUUGAUAAUUUAUUUAACUCCUUUGAUGCUGAUCACAAUGAAAGAAUCGAAUAUAACGAAUUUUUGCAAUCAAUUGCUGGCGCAUUGAAUAAAUAUAGACUACAAUUAGUCGAGAGAGCAUUUGAUAAGCUAGACUCUGACAACGAAGGCAGCAUUAGCCUUGAAGAAAUGUUUUCUGUCUUCGACCCAUACCGCCACCCAGAUGUCACAACAGGAAAGAAUGAUCCAGAAGGAGCAAUGAGCGAGUUCAAAGAUACUUUUGAAGUCUAUCAUAAUGUACUUCAUGAUUAUGACUCUAGUGCAAAAGUUAGCAGAGGCGAGUUUACAGAUUUUUAUACUUAUAUAUCUUCCCAAAUAGAGAACGAUGUGCAAUUCGACAUGUUAAUGAAUGGAGUUUGGAACCUAGACAACAAGAAUAAUUAUGAAGAAAUGCCUUAUGCAGGCUCUAAGAACAAAGUCACCAAAAUUGACUGUCAUAGCCAAUGGCUAUCAGAUCAUCACAGAAGGAUGUUUGGAGGAGAUGAUGGAAUCUCACAAAAAGGAGAUACUUCUUGGCAGACUACCCAUCAGGCAAAGUAUAGAACAGAUGUUCCAGCCCCUCAUCUCUCAGCAGGAGUCCCAACCUUUCCCACGGGAAUGCAAAGCAAUUGGCAAGGAGGGCAGAUGCAUGAAGAUCAAAGGCUUGAUUCAUAUUACAGAGCAGAGUAA